ACCUCCCAUUUCCCAAUCCCCACCAACGACACACAGCACCCCCUCACCGCUGCCACACUCCCCCACCCCAGACCAAGGAAUAAAAGAACACCUUUUAAUGAUAGGUCAUAUGGGCGUUCGCAGUUACCAAUCUGGACUUGUUUGAAGACGUUUGGGUAUAACCAGCUGGUCGCCGAUAUCGUCCGAUUACACCAACAGCGCUAUUAAAAGAUUCGUCUUCCAUUUUCAUUAUGGGCUGCUUGUUGACACAGAGAAUCGUGGCUCUUGUUGAUGUUGAGGAGCGCUGAGACAAUUCGAUGGAUUUCAACGCUCUCUUGGAUGCUGAGUCGCGGCUGGAUUGGUGUUGCAGAAAAUAUUAUGCGUGAUGGGAGAUUUUACAUCUUCUACGAUCGGGCCUUAUUGAAGCAGAAACAAAUACUGUUAAACCAAAGGCAUUUGUUGCGACUGAGUAAGCUUUGCGUUUGGAGACUGGCUCAUUAAUGCGUGGUAAAUAAUUGCAUUUCCGGGAUACGGACGGCAGUGAUUAAUGUAAUAUUCAUGAUAACGUCUGAAUAUAAGACUACAGACGUACAUUUCUACUGGGGCCAUUGAUAUAUUUUUGUGAGAUGUCCGUUGGUUGACAGAAUGACUAAAUUAAUAAGUCCAUAACAACAUUUUUUGGAUGCAAAUCGUUUAUUUAUUUGACAUUUAUUUGACAUAAAACGUUUGGUGGCUACUGGAAACCGAUCUGCUAAACUGCAUGGAAUUUGUAAACACUUCAAUGUUUUUUGCGCGAUUUCCUUGAUAGCACAGAUUCGUAUUCCCAACAAGACUCGUCAUCUGACUUGGAGCGCGACGUUACCGUACAGUGAAAUUGCCAACAUGCCUACUUCACGCACGGGCGCCAGUGCGGUGGAGUACUGGGUGGAUGGGUCGCGUCGGGAUGUCACCGUGGAGGAUUUCUACACCGUGGGAGCAGAAUUGGGAAGGGGGGCCACAUCAGUUGUUUACCGCUGUGAAGAGAAGGAGACGGAGAAGCCUUUUGCCGCCAAAGUCCUGAAGAAAACUAUCGACAAGAAGAUCGUGAGAACAGAGAUCGGGGUGCUUCUGAGGCUUUCACACCCAAACAUUAUCCGCUUGAAGGAGAUCUUUGAGACCGAGACUGAGAUUUCUUUAAUCCUGGAGCUGGUCACUGGAGGGGAGCUCUUUGAUAGGAUCGUGGAGAGGGGCUACUACAGUGAGAGAGACGCCGCUCACGUCAUCAAGCAAAUCCUGGAGGCUGUGGCGUACUUACAUAAGAAUGGAGUGGUGCACAGAGAUCUGAAACCAGAGAACCUUCUCUAUGCUGAUAUGUCCUUGGAUGCUCCGCUCAAGAUAGCGGACUUUGGCCUCUCCAAGAUAAUUGAUGAGCAGGUGACCAUGAAAACAGUGUGUGGGACCCCUGGCUACUGUGCUCCAGAGAUCCUCCGUGGCAAUGCGUAUGGACCGGAAGUGGACAUGUGGUCUGUAGGAGUCAUUCUCUACAUCCUACUGUGUGGGUUUGAACCAUUCUUCGACCCGCGGGGGGAUCAGUACAUGUACAGCCGCAUCCUCAACUGUGACUAUGAGUUUGUCUCCCCCUGGUGGGACGAGGUGUCCCUCAACGCUAAGGACCUGGUGAGUAAGCUGAUUGUCCAGGACCCUCAUAAGCGUCUGACGGUGGACCAGGCGCUGCAGCACCCCUGGGUUCUGGGCAAAGCUGCCCGCUUCUCCCACAUGGACACCACCCAGAGGAAGCUACAGGAGUUCAACGCUCGCCGCAAGCUCAAGGCUGCCAUGAAGGCGGUGGUGGCGACCAGUCGGAUGCACGAGGGCUCGCGGAGGAGGACGGACAGCUGCGAGAUGCCCGGCUCCGACAAAACGUCCCGGCAGAGCAGCAUGCAAACAGAGCCCGUCCUCGAGUCCCAGACUGACCCGGAGGCCGCUGAGCAGACGACGCCGAGCCCUCGCACAGCAGCGGAAAAGCCGGAGGCAUCCACGCCCACGUCCGUGCCCACGCCGGUGCCCGCAUGCGCCCCCAGCGCGCCCCUCCUGCCCAUUCACAGCCCCAAGCCCAGCAGCGGCACACCCCCUCCCCCGCCAGCGGCGCCCAUUGGUGCCCUGACCGCACCCCCCCUCACCAGGCCCCCGCUGAAGCAGACCUCGGUCGUCCCAAAGACUGGCGCGUUCCCGCUGCGGCUGCCCAUGAAGAGCUGCUCUGCGGUGGGCACCUCAACGGCGGGCACCUCAGCGGUGGGCACCGGGGAGAAACGUGAGCCAGCGCUGGUGCUACCCUCGCCCCCCAGCCCCAAGGGCCUCAGCAACGGCUUUACCACGGGAGUGGACGCGGGCAGCAAGACUGCCCAGUGUCAGUAAGGGAGAGGGCAGCAAGACUGCCCAGUGUCAGUAAAGGAGAGGGCAGCAAGACUGCCCAGUGUCAGUAAGAGAGGGGUCCCCAGGAUUAA